AUCCCCGGCUCCGUCCAGCUGGACUGAGCACAUCGAGCCGGCCGGCAUGUCUCCCAGACGCUACAGCGCCCUGCUCUCAGUCCUGCUGAGUCUGACGGCGGCGUCGGGCUUCGUGGAGGAGCUCGAUGAUAACUUCAUGGACAUUAAGGAACCGGAUGACAUAUGGCUCAUCAAAUUCUACGCUCCCUGGUGCACCUUCUGUAAGCAGCUGGAUCCCGUGUGGCACGACGUGGCGUCUGAGCUGAAGAGCCUGGGCUCGCUGGUCAACGUGGGCAAAGCCGACGCCACCGCACACUCAGGCCUGGCCAAGGAGUUCAAGGUCAGAGGUUACCCCGCCAUCCUGAUGUUGAAGAACGAUGUGAAAUAUAAUUACAUGGGCCCAAGAACCAAAGAUGGAUUCCUGGAUUUUGCUGAUCGAGUUGCUGGGCCGCUGGUGCGAGCGCUGACCAGCCCGCAGCUCUUCCAGCACGCCAUGAGCCGUCACGACGUCCUCUUCCUCUACAUCGGAGCUUCAUCAACCCUGAAGGGAGAGUACAUGUCUGCUGCCGAGGAGCUGAUUGUCCACACCUACUUCUUCUCUGCGACCAGAGACGUUCUGCCCAAGGCGGUGUCGCUGCCCCCCCUGCCGGCCGUGGCGGUGUUUAAAGAUGGAACCCUCUUCACCUACAACAAGGAACGAGACGGGGAGCUGAAGGCCUGGAUCAACAGAGAGCGCUUCCUCACCUACUUCAAGAUCGACAGCUACACACUGUAUGCCAUGGGAGAGACAGGGAAACUGGUGGCGCUCGCUCUGGUGGAUGAAACAAGGCCGUCGGAGAAAGGAGUGUGGUAUAAAACUCUCCUGGAGAAGGUGGCUCUGGAGCACAGGGACGUGUACAGCCGAGAUUUCCACUUCGGUUACAUGGAGGGAAACGCCUACGUUAACGGACUGGUGAUGGGAGAAGUGACCAUGCCUGCGCUCAUCGUGCUCAAUUUGUCCAAUGAUGGCUACUUCCUGCCGCUGGGCGUCGUGGAGACGGAGCGCCACCUGCUGGACUUCCUGGACGGCGUUCUGAACAGCAGCGUGCAGUGUGUCUCAGUGUGUGUGUGUGUGUGUUUCAGUGUCAGGGAGGAAACAGCGUGCUCCAGCGGUUCAGGCGUUUUGUCUUCGAGGUCAGAAACACUCUGCAGCCUCUGUUUGAGCAGGCUCCGCUGGUCGCCUGCUUCGUGGUCAGCUUCCCGCUGGCCAUCGUCUCUCUGCUCUGCUUCGUCUGCUGGAAGGCUCGACUUCCUGUGGAGGAGGAGGAGGAGCGCAGCAGCGCCCCCAAGCGCAGGAAGCAGGACUGACAGGAAGCCCCGCGAGGAGGACAAAAAAUACACAUCGCAUUUUAUCUCAAAUUUCAAUAAUCUGCCAGCAGGAUGAGAUCAUCUGAGAUAAUCCAACACUUUUCCAAUGCUUAUCAACUUGUUUCCAGAAUUUUCUCAAAGCAGCGUCAUUUAUUGAUCCUGGUGGCUGAUCGGCCUCUUGUUUCAGGACAUUUACACUCGUGACACUGACGUGUGGGAUUAUCUCAUCCCACCAGCACAGAAAACAGUUUUCUAACCCUGAAGAUUAGACUGGAAUUUGCUCAUUAAAAUGGAGAUUUUUCGUACAGUGAAUUCUUUGUUUUUCAUACAUUUUUGUGAACAAAUUUGAAAAAAUAAAAUGUCUUCAUUCAUCAGUUAAUCCAUCAACCAUUUUAAACUAAUUGCCUUAAUUACUAUUGUCGUUCAUGUGGAUGGGGUCUAAUGGCAGAUGCUGACUGGUCAGAGUAACUCCCAACAUCACGCACAGAUCUGAUUGGUCAGUUCGACACUUGAGAAACCUGAAACUGUUCUUGGACCAGCCAGAACCGAGCCUCUGAUAUCAGGAUGUGAGCCGAGGCGACGCCACUGCUGACAUCUGACAUUACAAUGAUUUUUAAAUGACGCAUGUUUUGACUAGUGAGAGUGAAAUCUUCAGUUCUAAUUCUGACCGGUCACAAUGUAACUGUGACUCAUCAUUUGUAGAUAUUUGUAAUGUCAGUUCCAGAUAUUCAAACUAAAUGUUAAAGCUCCAUCA